AUGACCUGUAGACUCACCCUCCCACAACAGGCCCACCGUGUCCAGCAGCAUCAUGCGGCUGAAGCCUUUGCAGUGAGAGUUGACCCCGGUUAUCCUGGCAGACCACCAUCGUUGCUGGAAGCUUCAUAUCCUCUCUUUGCCAAUGCUCCAUCACCGUUGCGGAUAGUAUCCCCCUUCCAGUACAAGCUCGCAAUAUGCAGCGGCAUGAUGUUGGCAUAUGGAUCUGCUCAUACUUCAAUAUAUCUCCCACGCCUGGCCCUUGUGCAGAUAACUACUUUUUACAAUCAGCAGCAGAGUCAUCUCAUAGUUACUACGGUAGAAAGCCGCCCCAAGCAAAGCACUUUUCUUAUCUGGUUCGAUUUCCAAGACAAUUAUUCACCCAACGCUUGGUUCUCCCUCAGCAGAAACCUAAUCGCAGCACUCAGUAACGCCAUCUUCCCUGAAAGUCGCCUCGAGGAUGGGCCUUAG